AUGUUUCACUCGCUUAAGUAUGGAAAUUUAAGAAAAAUCCAAAUUUCCACAAAAAGAGCUUUAUCUUGUAUCAAAGGAGGACAUGGGAGCUAUUUUAAUUCUUCUGGUGCUCUCAGGAGCAACUUAUCAUUGAAUAACUAUACAGUGAGACAGUUCCAAGCAGAUAAGAGGGCAACUACCACUGAUGAAGAAAAAUUAGAUGCGAAAGCUAAGAAAGAAAAAGAAUUAAUCAAGGAAUCAAUGACAAGCCACAAGGCCCUACAAGACAAAGGAAAAGGAAAGACAUCUAAGAAGGAAAUAUGGAACUUUAUUAAGCCUUAUUUGUAUGCUGAUGGGAACUGGAAAGUGUUUUACCUUGCAAUGGCAAGUAUGGCCCUCUCAAAAGGAUUAGCUUUAGGAGCACCGUAUUGCUUAAAGAUAGCAGUUAAUGCUCUGACAACUCCUAAUUCUUAUAACUUAGCAUUUGCAGGAGUUAUGGGAUUUGGAUUAUGUCGAGCUUUUUCAUCAAUCUUCCAUGAACUCAGGAUGUCCCUUGUUGUGAGGAUCAUGAGGGAGGCAAUCCAGAAGUUAUCUCUCCAGAUAUUCUCUCAUUUGCAUAACCUCGAUUUAACAUUCCACAAAACUUCUACAAAGAAUACGAUCUUUGCAAUGAAUAAGGCUUUGUCAGCUAUUGAUGAUGGGCUAAGAUUCUUGAUUGGAUUUGUUAGCCCUAUCGCUCUUGAAUUCAGUUUAAUUUGUGGUAUGCUUUAUUUUUAUUGUGGGCCUCUCUAUCUGUUAAAUAUUGGAGUUAUGCUUGGAGUUUACACCAAGUUCACACAAUCAUAUUCAAAGAUUAGGCAAGAAUAUAUUAGAGGAAGAAGGAAUCAAGACAAGAAAGCAGAUUUCUUCCUCAAUGAAAGUAUCCUUAGCUAUGACACUGUUAAAUACUUUGGUAACGAGAAUUUGGAGUACAAUAGGUAUAAGAAAGUUCAGGAAGAAAUCUAUAAGGUGGCAAUGAAAGUUCAGUAUUCUUUAGCCAACCUCAACUCAGGACAACAAACUCUCUUCGCUUUGGGUAUGACAAUAAACCUCCUUUUAGCAACUAAGGAUAUCUAUGCAGGAGUGCUGACUCCUGGAGACUUUGUGAUGAUUCAAGCCUUGUUCAUGCAAAUUGCUCAACCACUCCACUUUAUGGGAACCAUUUUUAGAAAUCUGGACGAGAGUCAAGUAAAUGUGGAGGAUCUAUUCCUCAUUCUUAAAAUGCAGAAGGCAGUGAAAGAGAAACCAGAUGCUAAGGACUAUGAAUACAAAAAAGGAGAUAUUGAAUUCAAGGAUGUUCGUUACAGCUACGUAAAAGAUGAAACAUCAGACGGCAAAGAAGUACUGGAGACUUUAUUUAAAGAUAUCAAUUUUAAACUGAAAGGUGGAAAAUCUAAUGCUAUUGUUGGUCCAAGUGGAUUUGGAAAGACUACUAUCUUCAACAUGAUUUACAGAAUCAUGGACCCUUCCAGCGGAAGCAUUCUCUUGGAUGGACAAGAUCUAAAAGAUCUUAAAAUCAAGAGCUUCAGAGAUAGGAUCUCCAUUGUUCCUCAAAAUGGAAUCUUGUUCAACGAUACAAUUAGAUUUAACUUACAAUACGGAAAUUUAGAAGCGAACCAGGAAGAUAUUGAGAGAGUAUGCAAACAAUGCAACAUCCACGAUAGAAUCAUGUCGAUGCCAGACGGUUAUGAUUCUCAUGUCGGUGACCUUGGAGGAAAACUAUCAGGAGGUGAGAGACAAAGAAUCCUUAUUGCCAGGGCUCUUCUCAAAGACUUUGACAUUCUCUUGUUAGACGAAGCUACAAGUAGUUUGGAUUCUCGGAAUGAGAAAAAUAUUAUUGAAGAGCUGGAGAGAGAACUUGAAGGAAAGACUGUCAUUUACUGUGCACAUAGGCUUAGUUCUAUCAUGAACUGCGAUAACAUUAUUGUAAUGGGUGAAGGAGAAGUUCAAGAAGAAGGAACCCAUUAUGAAAUGCUCAGUAACCCAGACUCUAAGUAUUACCAAAUGUGGAAUGAUUUCUUGAGAGAAAAGAAUCAAGAAGAACAGGCCAAAGAAGAAGACUCUGAUUUAGAGAAGAAUUAA